CGUACGACUGCACCAAUGAGGAGGCGGAAUAGAGCUGUUGAAGCUUGUCUGCCUGUUCAGAUUGAGAACUCAAGAUGUCCUCCUCAGGUUUCAGGUGAGGCCCAAAGUGAAUGAAGCUGUGCUGCCGCUCCUCUGUCAGAACAGCCUCCCGCCCUCUGCUUGCCUCCCACCAUGUCCUCCUCUUCCUGCUCCUCUUCUGGGGAGACCAGCCCUGAGGACACGCCCCGGGGAGGCGGUACGAUCCGGGUCUACCUCCCCAACAAGCAGCGCACUGUGGUGAACGUGCGGCCAGGGCAGACCGUUCAUGACAGUCUGGAUAAAGCACUCAAAGUGCGGGGGCUGACUCAGGAGUGCUGUGCUGUUUUCCGUCUUCUGGAAGGGCGUAAGAGGCUGACGGACUGGUGCACAGACAUCACCCCGCUGGUUGGGGAGGAGCUUCUGGUGGAAGUGCUGGACGAUGUCCCACUCACCAUGCACAACUUUGUUCGGAAGACCUUCUUCAAGCUGGCCUACUGUGACUUCUGCCACAAGUUUCUCUUCCAUGGCUUCCGCUGCCAGACAUGCGGCUACAAGUUUCACCAGCACUGCAGCAGCAAAGUGCCCACUGUGUGUGUAGAUAUGGACACAAUGACCAAACUGUGUUUGCCCAAUUCAGAUUACCCUCAGAUUUCCAUUCUGCUGCCAGAUAGCUCCAUAUCCCAGAGUGACAUGAGCUUCACCCCAGAGCCCUCUGGAAUGGGACUGUUGUCUCCUGCCUCUGCGUUCCGGUUCCCUAUGCCGGGGGCAGACGGCUCCUCUCUCCAGAGGGGCCGCUCCACCUCCACCCCCAACGUCCACAUGGUCAGCACUGUGGGGCCUGCAGGGACCGGCAUCAUAGAGGACGCAUUAAAAAUGAACAACACAAUGGGCCUGGACUCCUCCCCCAGACCCUCCACCAGCCCCCCAUCCCUGGGCUCUCCCGGCCGCCGGGCGCCCAAGUCACCCUCAGAGCCCCGGGAGCGCAAGCCCUCCUCAUCGGACGACAAGAAGAAAGUGCACCGCAGUGGGUACAGGGACUCCAGCUAUUACUGGGAGGUGCAGUCCCACGAGGUGACCAUGCUGAAGAGGAUUGGGGCCGGCUCCUUCGGGACGGUCUAUAAGGGGAAGUGGCACGGAGACGUGGCCGUCAAGAUCCUUAAAGUGACAGACCCUACACCAGAGCAGCUGCAGGCUUUCAAAAACGAAAUGCAGGUCCUCCGGAAGACACGUCAUGUCAACAUCCUGCUGUUUAUGGGCUUCAUGACGAAACCCAACUUUGCCAUCAUCACUCAGUGGUGUGAGGGCAGCAGUCUGUACCGCCACCUGCACGUCACCGAGACCAAGUUCGACACCAUGCGCCGCAUUGAAGUGGCACGACAAACUGCACAGGGCAUGGACUAUCUUCACGCAAAGAACAUCAUACACAGGGACCUAAAAUCCAACAAUAUCUUCCUCCAUGAGGGCUGGACGGUGAAGAUCGGUGACUUUGGCCUGGCCACUGUGAAGUCCCGCUGGAGCGGAUCCCAGCAGGUAGAGCAGCCCAGCGGCUCCAUUUUGUGGAUGGCUCCAGAAGUGAUCCGCAUGCAGGACAGUAACCCCUACACCUUCCAGUCCGAUGUGUAUGGUUACGGUGUGGUGCUGUUCGAGCUGAUGUCUGGCACGCUGCCUUACUCAAACAUAAACAACCGAGACCAGAUUAUCUUCAUGGUAGGGCGAGGUUACUUGUCGCCUGACCUCAGUAAGCUGUACAAUAACUCUCCUAAAGCCAUGAAGAGACUCAUCGUAGACUGCCUGAAGUUUAAACGUGAUGAAAGGCCCCUGUUUCCACAGAUUCUGGUGGGCAUCGAGCAGGUCCAGGACCUCCUGCCAAAAAUUGAGAGGAGUGCCUCGGAGCCUGCUCUGCACCGGGCAGUGCAUGUGGAGGACCUCAAUCCCUUCCUCCUGCACACCACUCAGCUACUGCCACUGUGAACCACUGAGCUACUGCCACUGUGAACCCCCCACUGCUCUCCCUGUGACCCUCCAAUUGCCCUCGCUGUGAGACCAUGACCCUCCAAUUGCCCUCGCUGAGACCAUGACCCUCCAAUUGCCCUCGCUGAGACCAUGACCCUCCAAUUGCCCUCGCUGAGACCAUGACCCUCCACCCAACCCCCACUGCUCUCCAUGACCCUCCACCCAACCCUCAACUGCUCUCCCUGUGACCUUCACCAAACCCCCCCACUGCUCUCCCUGACCCCCAACCCCCCACUGCUCUCCUUGACCCUCCACCCAACCCCCACUGCUCUCCAUGACCCUCCACCCAACCCCCACUGCUCUCCUUGACCCUCCACCCAAC